ACAAAACACGAAAAAGCGGGGUUUUCGUCGCGGAAACACCAACAAACGCCUAAACAAACGCCUUGUAGGCUACCUGACGCCCGGGCUAAAUCGUGAAUGACCUAAAGGUUAGUUCACACUACGACGCAAGCGCAAACGAUAGAACACACAAGUCAGAAUUGCUUAACACAAGCGCAAGACAAUCAAGCAGUUAUGUUCUCUCGCGCUUGCUCUUGCCUUCAAGUGAGAAUCGGAAAAUAACGUGCGUUGCGCAUGCGUCCUAGUGAAAACCAGCCUUUUCAGAUAUUUCGAACAAACCACGUGGCAAAAUCUAAUCACGCACAGUUCGGUCACGCAUGGAGCCCCAUGGUUACGCAGCCUCAUUGUCACACAGCCUCAUUGUCAUAAACGUCUAAUAAUUAUCAAUGCGAGUCAAAAGCCAAGGCUGUUGGUGUUGUGAUCGGCUAAAAAAAACCUGUUUCUCAAAAGUGCCAAGCAAACCGAGCGUAUUUUUAAACAGUCAGAAGUUUUGGAGCCGAAAACUCUCCCGUGCAAAAGGAGGUCGAAUACAAAUAAACUAAAUCUGAGAUUUGGUUCGCCUGUCACCAUGCGAGUGUCAGUCGUAUUUUUUGUGUUCUGUGGCCUUGUAGCUGGCGUACAGUCGGCCUGUUCCCGGUCAAACUCUACAUGUCGAGGCACUGUCAUGUGCCCGUCCUGUGUCAGCGUCGCUUGGUUUGAGCGAGUCCCGUAUGUGUAUCGCUCUGAGAACGACACUGCUGGAAUUCUACCCGACAUUCUGCGCAUGCUCCUUCACAAAUGUUGCGAACCCGAUCCUUCCCAGAAUGCCUUAUGCCUGGAAAUCUACCACAAGUCACCACGCAACGACUCGGACCGACUUCUACUCGAGACGAGCACGGCUGACAUCAUCUACCCCACUUUAGUGGACCUGAAGACUAGCGUUGCGCCGAACGCGGGCGCGGAGAUGAUAGGGCUUAUACCGCCCUCUAGUAUUGCCUUUGUUGUUCCCAAGGGAAAGCUUGUCAGCUUCCCCAUGAAGCUCCUGUCCGCCGUGUUUGAGGCGUGGCCAGUGCUUAUCUUCACACUGUUGCUGUCUAUAUGUUCAGGGACCUUACUGUGGUCAAUGGAACUCAAAACCAACCCGGAACAUUUCCCGCGAUCGUUUUUCAGAGGAUCCUGGGAAGGAUUCUGGUGGGCCUUCGUCUCCAUGACAACCGUAGGCUAUGGUGACCGGUGCCCCCAGACCGUACUUGGCCGUAUUUUUGCGGUGGCCUGGAUCCUACUUGGUGUGUGCAUCGUGUCGAUCUUCACGGCGACCUUAACUACGUCAUUAACCGCGAUCAGCCUGGACAAGAGGAGCAUCGCUGGUUCCAAGGUCGGCGUGUUAGAGCGGUCGAUAGAAUUCGCUGUUGCCAUGAAUGAACAAGCCGACAUACAAGUAUACAGAGACGUGAACGAGAUUCGCCAAGCUCUCGAUAAAAGGGAAAUAGAUGGGGUGCUUCUCGAUAAUUACCAGAUCAGCCAUUUCUCCGAAGUGUUUCCGGAUUCCUUAUUCAAGAAGAAUGCAGUCGUGAGGCAGGACGGGAUGGCUUACGGCGCCAUCAUCAACGACCCCGUGAUUCGCGCGUGCUUCAAUAGGAUUCUCGCGCGCGAUCGAUACCUGGUCGUCAAUUUCGUCAGCUCACAGCUGAGUAAAACAGUCAAGGCGAUUAACAAAGAGGCGGUAAAGAACUCCCAGAGCAUUUUUGAUCCGACGGGUGACCUGUUCCUGCCAUCGCUUUACACGUGUAUCGUAAUCGUGCUUGUCAUCUUCGUGAUUGGAGUCAUCGCAGAGAUCGUCUAUCUUAACCCUAGCGGGUGUUUGCGGCGCAGAGCAGCGAGCUACAAGUUUUCCAAAGACUCGAUAGAGAUGAAAGGAGUUUCGCCUUCGCAAGUAGACGAACUGGAACGACAGCUUAUCGGCGAUAUACAAGCCGUUUUCAAGAGCUACAGGGAUAAACUAGGAGGAGUCGAUAAGCUAGCGGCAUGAGUGCAGACUACCUGUGGUGAAGGAAUGAGGAAAGUUUGGUCAGACCAGCUUUAUCAGUACGGGCUACCUGUGGUAGGACGGACCGGAAAGACGACUUAUUGGGUUAUACUGUAUAGGGCUUGAUCAAGAGUUACAGCCAAGCAGCAUAUUCUAGAAGUUUCUAAUAGAAAGUGAAUGCUUGGAGGACGGGACAAACGGUGUUUCAGUACAGGGGUUCUCGAAAAAGACCACUAUGAAAUCAAUAAAAUACAAAUCAGCCGACGGGGAAACCUGUGGUGUGGACACGAAAAA